CGCUCCCGGAGGAGCGCGCCCGAGCGGCCGGCGCAGCGUGAGACAGCACAUCCUGCCCGCGCCGGGCCGCCACCCUUGCGAGCCGCCCGGGAGCCGCCGCCGCGCUCGGGGAGCCCAGUGCCACCGCUGCCCAGCGCGCCCAGGGAAACCAACAUGUCUGACAAAAGUGAUUUAAAAGCUGAGCUAGAGCGCAAAAAGCAGCGCUUAGCACAGAUAAGAGAAGAGAAGAAACGGAAGGAAGAAGAGAGGAAGAAGAAAGAGGCUGAUAUGCAGCAAAAGAAAGAACCCGUUCAGGAUGACUCCGAUCUGGAUCGCAAACGACGAGAGACCGAGGCUCUGCUGCAAAGCAUUGGUAUAUCUCCAGAGCCACCUCUAGUCCCAACCCCUAUGUCUCCCUCCUCGAAAUCAGUGAGCACUCCCAGUGAAGCUGGAAGCCAAGACUCAGGAGAUUUGGGGCCAUUAACAAGGACCCUGCAGUGGGACACAGACCCCUCAGUGCUCCAGCUGCAGUCAGACUCAGAACUUGGAAGAAGACUGCACAAGCUGGGUGUGUCGAAGGUUACCCAAGUGGAUUUCCUGCCGAGGGAAGUAGUGUCCUACUCAAAGGAGACCCAGACUCCUCUUGCUACACAUCAGUCCGAAGAGGAUGAGGAAGAUGAGGAAAUGGUGGAACCCAAAGUCGGCCAUGAUUCAGAACUGGAAAACCAAGAUAAAAAACAGGAGGUGAAGGAAGCCCCUCCAAGGGAGUUGACAGAGGAAGAAAAACAGCAGAUCCUUCAUUCAGAGGAAUUUCUCAUCUUUUUUGAUCGAACAAUACGGGUAAUUGAAAGAGCACUGGCCGAAGACACAGACAUCUUUUUUGACUACAGUGGUCGAGAAUUAGAAGAAAAAGAUGGGGAUGUUCAGGCUGGAGCCAAUCUUUCUUUCAAUCGUCAGUUCUAUGAUGAACAUUGGUCCAAGCAUCGUGUGGUCACUUGUAUGGACUGGUCUCUCCAGUACCCUGAGCUAAUGGUUGCUUCUUACAACAACAAUGAAGACGCUCCCCACGAACCAGAUGGAGUGGCCUUGGUUUGGAACAUGAAGUUUAAGAAAACCACACCAGAAUAUGUCUUCCACUGUCAGUCCUCUGUGAUGUCUGUCUGCUUCGCCCGUUUCCAUCCUAACUUGGUGGUUGGUGGCACUUACUCGGGCCAGAUUGUCCUCUGGGAUAAUCGCAGUCAUCGAAGGACACCGGUGCAGCGGACGCCCUUGUCUGCUGCUGCACACACACACCCCGUGUACUGUGUCAAUGUUGUCGGGACUCAGAACGCUCAUAACCUCAUCACUGUCUCCACCGAUGGCAAAAUGUGUUCCUGGAGCCUGGACAUGCUCUCAACUCCACAGGAGAGCAUGGAGCUGGUGUACAGUAAGUCCAAGCCUGUCGCUGUUACCGGAAUGGCCUUCCCGACAGGAGACGUCAAUAACUUUGUGGUUGGCAGCGAGGAAGGUACAGUCUACACGGCCUGUCGUCAUGGAAGCAAAGCUGGGAUCGGUGAGGUCUUUGAAGGUCACCAAGGGCCAGUGACAGGAAUUAACUGCCACAUGGCAGUGGGCCCCAUCGACUUUUCCCACCUGUUUGUUACAUCAUCAUUUGACUGGACUGUCAAGCUUUGGACCACAAAGCACAACAAGCCGCUCUACUCCUUUGAAGACAAUGCAGACUAUGUGUACGAUGUCAUGUGGUCCCCCGUGCAUCCCGCGCUCUUUGCCUGCGUGGACGGGAUGGGGCGCUUGGACCUCUGGAACCUCAACAAUGACACCGAGGUUCCAACAGCAAGUGUGGCCAUUGAGGGGGCAUCUGCCCUAAACCGUGUUCGCUGGGCCCAAACUGGCAAAGAAGUGGCUGUUGGAGACUCAGAAGGCCGCAUUUGGAUCUAUGACGUUGGAGAGCUCGCAGUUCCCCACAAUGAUGAGUGGACCCGAUUUGCCAGGACCCUGGUGGAGAUUCGUGCGAACAGAGCUGAUAGCGAGGAGGAAGGUGCUGUGGAGAUAUCUGCCUAGUGGAAAGGAGCCGGCCUCACUGCAGCCCCCACCUUCAUGUCCUACAGCUCAGCGUCUGCAGUCAAGCCCAUUGCAUUUGGUGUCCAUUCAGUAUCAGUGUUGCUGUAAAAUUGUGGGUGCCAUGUUGUGCCAGCUUUCCUCCAAGUGUUCCAAAUAUAUCCUGCCAUGCUUUCCACUGACCUGAACUUCACCAGACAGCAUUUCUAUCUUUAUAUUUCUGUCUCAAAAAUGAAGUGGGGGGGGGACUUUUACGGGUUUAGUUGUUGCCUUUUAACUACUUAGUAGCUGUAUUUAAUAGCUGGAAACCUCUGGUUAAAUUUGUGCUUACAUGCACUUCUGGCAUAGUCCUAUUAAAUCCAUAUGAAGCCAGAUAUGAUUGGGUGCAGAUGUGGUGUGCCUCAUGACAUGGUACAGGGCCAAAGACUUGAGAUGUGGUGUUUUACAUGGUGACUCACGUUAUGAAUGGAUUUACUAGAAGAACAUUGCUAUUCCUUAUUUAUUGUAGUGUGCUGCAUGGAACAUAUUUAUUUGAAAGCAUUAAAAUAAACGAUCCUAGAGCAUGUGCAUAAUGAGAGGACUGUAUUCUCUCUGCUGCUGUUGAGGUUACAUUAAGUUCCAAGUAACAAUUACAGUAUGCCAGUUCCAUUGAAGACGUGAAAUCUUUAGAGGGUUUGUUGCAGUGAACGGAAUGAAUUUUAAUGCCUAUUAUUU